AUGUCUCUCAUCAAGGUCCAUCCAACAGUUUCGGAGUUCUCCUUGUCCCAAAACCUAAAAAAAAACACAUUAAACAUGAGGACAGGCCGUCAAGUCGGUUUCAUUUUAUGCUGCGAUGGCGACUGUAUUCGGAUGACUAAGCUCCGCCAUCUCAGCCUCAAGCCUGACCUGUUGUCCUGUUGCCUUGAUGUGAACACAAAUAAAGUUUCAGCAGUACAGCAAACCUUUACCGUCAAGGCGAUUCGACCGAUAACUAAUCUAAAGGAGGUGGUACAGACUUCUGGCUCUGGUUACUGCCAAUCUAAUUAG